AUUUACAAAAGAAAUGUACAAAUAUUAAAAUAUUGACUCCUCUAAUAAAAUAUACAAUACCUUUAAUAACUUAUAAUAGUUACAAUAUAACUACAGCGCUGAAAUAAAAUAUUAAUGUAGACACAAAAUAUUCAUGAAAAAUAUCGACGCAAGAAUAAUCAAAGUUCCCGAACGAUUCCACAAGAAAUAACUAUCGUGCGAUGAAUCGUGUGCUCCUGUUGUUUCUCCAAAUCUUACAAUUCAAUAUUAUUUAUUGCACAAAUGAAAAUCAUGUUAUCCGUGAUUAUUUCGCGUUUAGAAAAGUGGAGAGGAUUGUGGGCUUCUCUUGCGACGACAUGGAAAAUGACUUUAACCUCGCGAAAACACUGAACGAAAAGUACACCACGUAUAUUUCAAUGUUGAAUUCUACUGUUGAAUCUCGUUUGGAUGUGAAACAGAUUUUGAGGGCUGAGUAUCAUCGUUUAGGUGUCUUUCUGGAUUCUAGGUGCGAUAGUGAACGUUAUGCUAAAGUUGUAGCCGAUGCUGGGAAAUAUUUCAUGUACGACGAGAUGCACAAAUGGCUGAUCAUAGGCUCAAACCUGAAUCAGACACUGCAAAUAUUGAACGAUGAUACAUUCAGUGUUUCAACGGACGUGGUAAUUGCUAUACCAUCUCUCGAUAACUAUCUUUUUUACGACGUGUAUAAUCCGUGCAAAGAUCGAGGAGGAUCCAUGAAUGUAACAUACUUCGGAUCAUGGAGUGAAAAGAAAGGAUUGAACAUUACUUUAACUCAAACGAAAUUUCAGAGGAGGUCUAAUCUGCAUGGGAUGAAACUCAGAGUUGGCUUGGUCGUAAAUAUUCAAGUGGAGAACAGGUCUCUCCAUGAAGCGAUGUUAGAGUACUCCAUGAAAACGAAAUACGGUCGAUCGAAAUUUUUGUAUAUCCUCAUGAAUCAUCUGGCUGAUCUUUUCAACUUCACUAUGGACCUCGUGGAGAUAAACGCACAAAGGAGAUUCGAUAACUCCGGCCCGGUUUUCACGGCUUUUAAAAGGAAAAUUAUAGACCUGUCGGCAAGUCCAGUUGCUAUGAAAAUCGAUCGAUUGACGAACGGAGAUAUUAUUGGACCUGUCUGGCCAAUACGAUCAUGUUUUAUGUUUCGAACAAUUUCGUCGACUAAAAUGAAACCCACACAGUUUCUGCAACCCCUGUCUGUAAAAGUGUGGUACGUGAUGUCUGCGAUGAUAAUAAUCGUGACGACCACUUUGAUCAUUCUAAUAAAAAUCGAAGGUGUUUCUGGUCCUGCAGAGAUAUAUGGGUUAUCUGUUUUACUCACGAUAGGUGCUUUAUCUCAACAAGGAUCUGCAUUCGUCCCCGGUCGUUUCGCAGGACGCAUAGCCUUCUUGCACACCUUAAUUUUCAGUGUGUUGAUCUUGAAUUACUAUUCCGCAAGUAUAGUGUCCAAUCGUUUGAAAAACAAGGGUGAGAAAAUGAACGAUUCUUUGAUUAACUUGUCUAAAAGCAAUAUGAAGCUCGCUGCGGAACCCACCCCGUACAUUCGUUCCUUCCUUCAGGUGCCAGAUAAAGAAGUAAGAUACUUCUACGAAAAUCGUUGGGCAAAGAUACCAGAGUUCAACAGAUAUUUACCACUCGAACAGGGACUUAAUCAAGUGGCAGACGGAAGUUUGGCUUACCAUACUAUGAUCGAUUCCGCUUAUCCGUAUAUCGAACAGUCCUUCAGCUAUCGAAGUAUUUGUGAACUAACGGAAGUUCAUCUGUUUCGUGCGAUCCUGGCAUUUUAUGCGAGACAUAGAAGUCCUUUCACUGAAUUAAUGAAAAUAGGUUUAACUAAAAUUCGCAACACCGGUAUCCAAAGUCGAGAAUUAAAAAGAUGGGGAUCGAGGAAGCCAUUUUGUCCAACGAAUCUCUUAAUCGCCGAACCCUUGUCGAUCCACGAAGCAGCUCCAGUCUUCAUAUUUCUGAGUUUCGCCAUAAUCUUGUCUCUUCUGUUUUGCGCCGUCGAAAAUAUCGUCUACUGCCUUUCUCCUUCAAGGAAAACAAGCGCGAUAAUGGAGAAACGUCAUCUAAUCGCUAGCAACUUGGAUUUAUCGUCGAUGAGAGAUCUUAAUUUGCAGACGUUGCAAAGUUUAACUGUUGUCGAAGAAUGAAGUAGUUUCAAGAUACUUUACGAAGAUUUUAAGAUACUUUUAAUAGGGCACUAUUACUUAAAGUAACUUUUAUAAGUUCCACAUUUUGUUGGUUUCAAAUUUAUAGAUUCUUAAAUUUGUAAAUUCUUAUGGUCUUAAAGUGCAAUGUUCCGAAAUUCGCAAGGUUCGAAAUUCCAAUGUUCCCAAAUUUCUACAUCCUCGAAUUUGCAAGGUUCGAAAUUCCAAUGUUCCCAAAUUCCUAAAUCCACAAAUUCUCAAGGUUCGAAAUUCCAAUAUUCCCAAAUUCUUACAUA